AAAUAAUGUCAUAAAAAUCCCAUUAGUCUUUUCCAUCGUUACAAAAAAAAUAAAAUAAUAGUGCAACGCCAUAUUUUACAAAUUUUUUUGUUGUUUCUUCCUAUUUCAAACAAUGAAAUUUUCAUUCAAAUUUAUCUUCCGUUAUUCAUUGUUAUUUUGUUUGAUAUUAUCAAUGACAUUUGUCAUUUGUCAUCAAUCAAAUCAAAAUAUUAAUGAUGAUGAAAAGGAUUUUGAUCUUUCCGUUUCGAUUGGUUGGACUGAUUAUCUUGCUAUUGGCAUUUAUUUUGUUCUAAUUUUGGCUGUUGGUUUUUGGUCAUCAAGAACAAACAAUCAAAAGACUGUUGAUGGAUAUUUUUUAGCCGGAAGACAGAUGCAUUGGCUUUUGGUUGGUGCUUCCAUAUUUUCCAGCAAUAUUGGUUCCGAACAUUUUAUUGGUCUUGCCGGAUCGGGUGCUAGUUCUGGAAUAGGAAUUGCCUCAUUUGAAUAUGUUGGAAUCUAUACAAUAUUAAUACUUGGCUGGUAUUUUAUGCCAGUCUAUUUGGCUAGUAAUAUUAGCACGAUGCCUGAAUAUCUUCAAAAACGUUUUGGUGGUCAAAGAAUUCGUAUUUAUCUUUCAGUGUUAACAUUAAUUCUGUAUAUCUUUACAAAAAUAUCAGCUAAUUUAUAUGCUGGUGCAAUAUUUAUUCGUUUAUUACUUAAAAUUGAUAAUAUUCUUAUUGGUUGUAUUAUUUUGAUUGUUAUUUCGGCAUUGUUUACGAUCAUUGGUGGAUUAACGGCAGUCAUAUGGACGGAUGCUAUACAGACAGCAUUAAUGCUUAUCGGUGCAAUAUAUUUAUCCGUGACAAGUGUUCAAGCUGUUGGUGGUUAUGAAAAAUUAAUGAAAAAUUUUGCCAUCGAUGGUUUACCUGAUCGAUUGGAAAGUCAAUCAUUUAUUGGUGCUUGUAAUGCUUCGGUAGCUAAUAAUUCCUGUUUAACUUGUAGUUCAAUAACACCAUAUUAUCGUAAUCUAUUUCGACCGGCUACUGAUCCAGAAAUUCCAUGGCCAGGUAUUAUUAGCAUUUUUAUAUCAAGUUUAUGGUAUUUUUGUUCCGAUCAAGUUAUUGUACAACGUGCAUUAGCUGCACGUAAUCUAACUCAUGUUAAAGCUGGUUGUAUUUUGGCAUCAUUGUUGAAGAUUACACCAAUGUUUUUAUUAGUAUUACCUGGAAUGGCAGCACGUGUUUUAUGGCCAAAUCAAAUUGGUUGUUCCAAUCCGGAUUAUUGUCAAAAAAUUUGUGAAAGUCAAUCUGGAUGUACAAAUUUUGCCUAUCCAUAUCUAGUCAUAAUGCUAUUACCAAAAGGUGCCACCGGAUUAAUGUUCAGCGUAAUUGUGGCAGCAUUAAUGAGCUCAUUAACAUCUAUAUUUAAUAGUGCAUCAACAAUUUUUAUCAUUGAUAUUUAUCUACGAUUCCGUAAAAAAGCAAAUGAAACUGAACAGAUUAUUGUUGGACGUUGUUUUGUUGCCAUAUUAGUGAUCAUCAGUGUAAUCUGGGUACCAAUAUUAGAACAAUCACAUAAUAGUCAAUUAUUUCCAUAUAUACAAAGUGUUACAUCAUAUCUAUCACCACCAUUAUGUGCUAUAUAUGUUUUGGCCUUAUUUUGGCCACGUAUCACUGAAUCCGGUGCAUUUUGGUCAUUAAUUGUUGGCCUAUUAAUCGGCUUGACACGUUUUAUAUUGGAAUAUAGUUAUUCAGUGCCAACAUGUGGAACAAUAGAUAUUGUUGAUAGACGGCCAUCCAUUAUCACUAAAGUACAUUACCUUCAUUUUGGUAUCAUUUCGUUCACCGUUUCAAUGUUAUUGGCUAUUAUUAUUAGUUUGGCUACAGAAAAAAUUGAUUCUAAACGUUUAUUUCGAUUGACUUAUAUCACACGUCAUAGUGAAGAAAUUCGUCAGGAUGAUAAUACUAUUGUUGUCAAUGAUCAACAACAACGGAAAACGGAUGCCGAAUUACAUGCUGCAGCUGCUAAAGAUGAUAAUCGUUUUGUUCAAUUAACCAAUAUAGUUGCCAUCAUUGUUAUAAUAAUUGGUGCAUUUUUCUGGGGUUUUUAUGCAUAGAAAAGAUGAAUUAAAUGAUUGAAAUUUAUUUAAAAAUAAUUUAAACAAAUUUUAUUAAUAACAAUCAUUUUUAUGAAC